AUGCAGGAGCACGGCAUCGUGGGCAUCGAAGGGGUGGACACGCGCUCCCUGGUCAUCCACAUACGCGAGCGGGGCGCCCAGGAAGGCGUCAUCUCCACGGUGAGCCGUGAUUCCGCGGAGCUGGCCGCCAAAGCACAACAUAUCGAGGGACUUGUCGGCAGGGAUCUCGUGAAGAACGUGACCUGCCAGGAGCCCUACCGGUGGGACCAGGGCGGCUGGCGGAUGGGAGGAGGUUUCGGUCCGGGCCGGGAGCCGGAAUUUCACGUGGUGGCAUAUGAUUACGGCAUCAAGUUCAACAUCCUGCGAGGUCUCGUGGAUGCCGGCUGUAGCGUAACGGUGGUGCCCGCGUGGACGCCCGCGGACGACGUCCUCGCGCUGGAACCGGACGGCAUCUUCCUGUCCAACGGUCCCGGGGACCCCGCGGCCGUCCCGUACGCCGCGGACAUCGUGCGGCAGCUCGUGGGCCGGCGCCCCAUCUUCGGCAUCUGCCUGGGACACCAGAUCCUGGGGCUGGCCAUGGGCGGGCGCACCUUCAAGCUCAAGUUCGGGCAUCACGGCGGCAAUCAGCCGGUCAUGGACCUCACCACCGAAAAGGUGGAGAUCACCACCCAGAACCACGGCUUCGCGGUGGACGCCGAUUCCCUCAAAGGCGCGGUGGAGGUGACCCACGUGAACCUCAAUGACCGGACCGUGGAGGGGCUCCGGCACCGCGAGCACCCGAUCUUCUCGGUCCAGUAUCAUCCCGAGGCGUCGCCGGACCCCACGACGCGGCGUACCUCUUUUCCCGUUUUCGCGAGUUGA